AUGACAGAGACCGGAGGCCGUCAUAUCGCUAUUCUUGGAGGUGGCGUCAUUGGUUCUUCUAUCGCAUAUCAAAUCACUUUACUCAACAAAGAUCCGAAUUUAAAAGUAACAGUCAUAGAACAAACCGCCAUUGCCUGUGCCGCUUCUGGUAGAGCAGGGUACAGUACAAGUAUUUGUUGGGCUCUUUUUAUUCUAGUUUUCAGGGAGGAUGAUGGUUUCUUAUCUUAUGACUGGUGUGACGGAGGUCCACUUCAAGAUCUUGCUCGCAAAAGCUUCAAGUUACACGCUGAACUUGCUAGAACUUUAAAUGGUAAAAAAAGAUAUGAUUAUAGAGUUGUUGAUACCUUAUCAGUAACGGCUUCAAUGAAAGCUGUAAGCGUUAAAGCACCCCCAACGAAUUGGUUAAAGACUGGUGUAAUUACAAAAUAUAAACAGAUCGGAUCAACUAAAACAACAGCUCAACUUCACCCUUACAAAUUCACUCAAACAUUAAUAGAGGAAGCUGAGUCUAGAGGAGCUCAAGUUAAAAUUGCCCGCGUUGAAGGGUUAGAAUUUGAUUCAUAUAAAGUAUCGGGUGUAAGACUUUCCACAGAUGAAGUUGUACCCGUUGACACAAUUAUUAUAGCAAUGGGUCCUUGGAGUGGAGAAGCUCUUUCAUGGCUUGUCAAAAAAAGUGGACGUGCUUAUCAGCUUCCGGAUGUUUCAGGUCAAAGAGCUCAUAGUAUCGUAAUAAGACCUUCGGUACCGAUAUCAGCACAUGUUUGUUUUGUAUCGCUUAAUCUUGGUCGUAAAUUUGCCGAACCUGAAAUUUAUCCUCGUCCGGAUGGGGAAGUUUACGUUUCUGGAGAAUGUGAUGAAUCGCCGCUUCCUCCUAAUGCUGAUCAAUAUGUUCCAAAUCCUACUGCGAUUAAAAACCUUAAAAGCAACAUAAAUACCCUUUCUCCCGAGAUUUUGGGUGUCGCACCUAUCAUUAAAGAAUCAUGUUGUUAUAUGCCUAUAUCUGAUGAUGACAAACCUUUAAUUGGAAAAGUUCCUUGGCUGGAUGGAGUUUACCUUGCAACUGGACAUUCUGUUUGGGGAAUUUUAAAUUCUUCGGGUACAGGUCGGGUUAUUGCAGAAAUGGUUUUGGAAGGUCAGGCAAAGUUCGCUGAUGUUAGAGCAUUAGCUCCCAUGCGACCAAGGAAUACAAAUAGAAAUUCUCAAUGA